UGCAAGAUUAAUGAAUUUCGCCAUCAAAAGAUCUAAUCUACUUUGCCUGCGUGGGUGGAAGUAAUGCAUAAAUAGGUAAUAGCAAUUUUGCUGUUUGCAUUUACCACAUUCCUUCACUGGUUCUGGAGCUAACUAAAAGGCAACGUCAAAUCAAGAUCUGAGAAGAGUUUUAUGAAGUGCUGAGAAGACCAACGGCGAAUUACAAUGACAAAGAGAGUUUUUCUCUGGACUGCUCCGAGAUGCGUCUCAACUGCAUUCGAACGCUCGGUAAUGGAGCUAGAGAACAGCAAGAUAUUCCACGAGCCUUACUCGUGGGCUUACUAUUUUGGGCCGCAGCGACAAAGCAGUCGGUAUGAGAACCAGACUCCUGUUGAAGUGCACAAUUACAGGGCCAUUGGCAAAAACCUACUCAAAGAAUACGACGGUAUUGACUUGGUCUUCUCAAAAGAUAUGGCAUACGCUGUUGAUAACCAUUUCAACGAUUUACUCGGCGACGGAAUGAGCAGCUUCCAGCACACAUUCCUCAUACGUGACCCAAAGAAGACAAUACCGUCUCUGCACGCUGCAUCUGUGAACAAACAGCUAACGGGAUGGGACUACUUUGACCCGAAGGAAAGUGGCUUCAGGGAAAUGUAUGAGCUAUACACAUUUGUUGUCAAGCACAUAGACAAGUGCCCCGUCAUAGUUGAUGCAGACGAUUUGUUGGAAGAUCCUGAAGGCAUAAUGCAGGCAUAUUGUGAAGGCAUUGGCGCCAGGUUUGAGAAGAAAAUUCUGGAAUGGGAGCCAGGACCAGUGCCAGACUGGGAUGUGUGGGCAGGGUGGCAUGAAAACGCACUGAAAAGCUCAGGCUUUCAGAAACAGGAUCCCAACAAAUCCAAGAUCGAUGCCUCAAAGAAAGGCGAAGAGAAGUUACCAAAUGUAGUUAUGCAAACGAUUGAGCGUUGCAUGCCAUUUUACGAAGAAUUGCACAAAAACAGAAUACGGGCAAGCACCGCUAAAAGUCACCAAAGUCGUUGAGGGAAUAUCAACGUGUGAACAGUGGUGGUUGCUGUGUAAAUACAACUUUUUGCCUCGAACUGGUGGAGAGAAAACGAAAUAUCUUACACGAAAUAAUCAAGUAAUCUAAUAGUUAGUUGUACAUAAUAUGAACUGACGCUUUUUAGUUUCAGAAUCACCAUUACUUUUGUAGGCAAAGCAAUAUUGUCGGUAUCUAAUUUGUUUGUAGAAUAGAAUCAAUUGAAAGAUAAAAAAUGCUUAAGUAAACACUCGUUAACUGGGCUGGGAACACUCUAAUGAAAAACUAAAAAUGAUAGGAAUCACAAAAGAUAUAUUUACAAUGAACCCAAACUUAACUUAAAUUCUUUAAUUUUAUAAAGAUUUCAGAAAACAUUUCAAUUAUGAAAUAAUUUCAAGAAAUAUUUCAAUUAUGAUUAAGGAAACAUUUGGAUUCAGCAUCGACAAUAAACGAACAAAUUUUUGUGACCCACUUUUACAAUCGUAUUUGAAUUACUGCAAAUUAGAAUAACAAAGAAAUUUUGAGGUACGAGGUAGGCUUGAAAUUUUGAAUUUCAAAAUCUUUGGUAGCGUAUCUUUUACUUGGUCCAGAGUUCUAAGAGUAAAAUACGAAGAAAAUUUGUGACAGUAGUAAUAAGUUCUUGUAAUGAUUGAAAUGUAUAGAUAUAAAUCAGAAAUUGAAUCAAAACUAUACAAUUUUAAUUUUGGAUAGAUUACUAACAGUUCUUUCUCUAACAACAAAACCUUGAAGUCAAUCAGAAAAGAAAAGGAAUUAAUCUUCAACUGAUAAAUACAUUAACUUCAGCUAUAGAUUUAAGCAAUAUUUCUCACAUACAAUGCUAAUGAUCAAUUUUUACCUCAAUUAAAUCAGAUAAGAAGACACAUUGCAGGAAGUAUAAAAAAAUCUUAGGGGGAAGGCCAAAGGGGGUAAGCUCCCUAGUGAAAAAUCACGUGGCAAGGCUACUUCUAGCGCUUGAAAUCAUAAACCAGAAGCAAAUACUAUCUAGAAAAAUUUGGAUAUUUCAUGAAAAGAUGCAUAUCUGUAAAAGGUGGGAUAGAAUAAAGAGGUUCUUUUUGCAGAAAGCAGCAAUGAUUUACGCGACAAGCAAUUAAUGCUUACAAACAGAUGGAUUGUUGCUGACACUCAAAACUUCACAAUAUGUCCAUCUUCCAAUGUUUUUCAGUGAAAACUUUAACAGGUCUUAUCUAAAGCUCAAGAAGCCACUUUACCCACAAACUCUUCUAUUUUUUCCUUCUCAAUAAGACCAACAAAUUUAUCAGUCAAUUUUCCAUUUUUGAAGGCAGCAACCGUUGGAACUGACAUAACCUAAAAAAGGAUUUUUUUGAGAUAAAAAAUGAAACACAAUAGAUAGGGGUUUAGCACAGCUUUUUAUUGUCUUUUGUAAAAUAUGUUAUCAACUACUAUUUAAUAGCAAAGUAAACUGUUGGAAAAAAGUUUGUUACAAUGAAA